GGUGUUUGGUGUAACCCCAGCGUCUGCUUACUUUUCCUGUGGUAUUCUUUUCUUUAUAGGAAAUACAUACGUGGUUUUUAUUGUACUCCUCUACCUCAUCUGCUACGACAUGGCAGGAAACUUCUGGCAAAGUUCGCAUUAUUUACAGUGGGUGUUGGAUAAACAAGACUUGAUGAAAGAGCGGCAGAAAGACCUGAAGUUUCUUACAGAAGAGGAGUACUGGAAGCUUCAGAUCUUCUUUGCCAAUGUGAUCCAGGCUUUAGGGGAACAUCUGAAGCUGCGGCAGCAGGUCAUUGCUACAGCAACUGUCUAUUUCAAGCGUUUCUAUGCCAGGUAUUCCCUAAAAAGUAUAGACCCUGUGCUCAUGGCACCGACUUGUGUUUUUCUAGCUUCCAAAGUUGAGGAAUUUGGAGUUGUAUCCAAUACUAGGCUGAUUUCUGCAGCAACAUCUGUGUUAAAGACCAGGUUUUCCUACGCCUUCCCAAAGGAGUUCCCUUACAGAAUGAAUCAUAUAUUAGAAUGUGAGUUCUACCUGCUGGAGUUGAUGGACUGCUGCCUGAUCGUGUACCACCCCUACAGACCACUGCUGCAGUAUGUCCAGGAUAUGGGACAGGAGGACAUGCUGCUGCCCUUGGCCUGGCGAAUAGUGAAUGACACAUACAGGACAGAUCUGUGUCUGCUCUACCCUCCCUUCAUGAUCGCCCUGGCCUGUCUGCAUGUUGCCUGUGUGGUCCAGCAGAAAGAUGCCAGGCAGUGGUUUGCUGAGCUCUCUGUUGACAUGGACAAAAUCCUGGAGAUUAUCCGUGUGAUUCUGAAACUUUACGACCAGUGGAAAAACUUUGAUGACAGGAAGGAAAUAGCUGCUGUGCUUAAUAAGAUGCCUAAGCCCAAACCUCCUCCUAAUAGUGAAAGCGACCAAAGCUCCAACGGGAACCAAAGCAACUCUUAUAACCAGUCUUAGCAGGCUGUCUCCGCCUCCAUGGGCACCCAUAGUUUUGAUGUAGAUAGGGUCGGUCCUUUCAUCUGCGAUUGACGCUCCACACUGUCUCGGAGAGCCAUGUCUUCACUUUCUCCUUUUUUUUUCUGAUCGGCGUGGAUUCACGGUUUGACCAAGCAGCAGAUGAAGAGCUUGUAGUGAACCGCCACAAUCUGUGACAGCCACAUUCCUCUUCACUUUCAGACUUGAAAUGAACUCAAACUGAUGAAGGUUUACCGGAAACGUUUGGUAAAGGGAACGUGUGACGAUCCUGACAUCCUUGAACUGCCCAGAAGAGCGAGUCAUUAAAUGCGGAGCUCCCUGGGAUUUGAGUCAAACUUGAUCACUUGUACUGUGUGUGCGUGCGUGCGUGUGUGUGUGUGUGUACAGCCUGUAAGCAGACCGGUCUGUGUGGGUUUUUAUUCCUCAGGGACUAUAGUACAGUAUUCUUCUCUGUAAAAUAAUUAGAUCCUGUGCUGUUGGGUCUGAUUGGAUAUCGGCCUGUGCAACUGUGACGAGAUUUGAUACCCGAGCUCUGGUGGAUGAUUAUAAAAAGCUCGGGAGGGAAAAAUCCCAGGAGAGGCGUCUCUUAUAAAGGUAGAAACGAGCUCUUUUUAAUUAGACUUUACUCCACUUGCUUCCUUCCAUUCCCUCCUCCCUUUUGUAAAUAUUAUUUUUUUUCUGUCAUGUUUGCCUGUAUUAAAGAGAGAAUUUGAUGGAAAUUGUGCUGGUGUAAUUUUAUACUCCUGCUGCAAAGCUUGUUUUUCUUUUAUUGUAAUUAUUUGUUAUAGUUUUUGAAUAACUUCUUGUGUGAAGCUCUUUUUGUUAGACGUUAGUUUUUAUGGGAGGGGGUUAAAAACAAAUCACAGUUGUUUGAGAGUUGUCUGCAAACCUUUGGUUGUACAUUCUCAUUUUAAUUUGCCUUCUGCCACCUUUUAAAUCCCUGAUUUGUGUAUUUUUGUGAAGUAUCUCAGUGGGAUCUGUGUAACAAGGUGCUUGAAAGCCUUACAAAAUAAAAGCUGCUGGUUUCAGAUAAAAUAUGUUUCAUAAAAGCACAUUUUCCAAUUCAGGUGAAAUGUGCUCUAGGGGUUAAUGUAGCUAUUAUUUUAAGAUUCAUGUUUCUCCUCCGUGUCAGUUUUCCCCUCUGUGGUUUCCUGUAAACCACAUUCACAGGGACAUAAACUAUCUUUUUUUUAAUAGGCUACACAGGCUUUAAUACAUAUGUUCUGGAGUUUUCACCUCCCUCUCUGCAUCUGGUCAUAUGACUGUUCACAUGUGAAAUUGAAGGGCUGAUAUAUUUUUCCACAGUUAAUUUCUCCCAUUAAUUUGACUUGAAAUGAUAUGUUUAUGGUUUUGUGUGGUAAUAAAAUGUAUGACGUGCAAAACAAAA